AUGGAUAUCAUUUCUCAUCCAGUAGUGACCAUCCUUGAAUAUGAUCCCAACUGGCCGAUACAAUUUCACAUCAUUGCGAAGAAGCUUAAAAAAUACCUUGAUCUAUGUUCAGUUACUUACAGGCUGAUAGAGCACGUUGGUAGCACUGCCGUCCCUGGCCUUGCAGCAAAACCCAACAUAGACAUCGUCAUUACGGUUCCGGAUGCAGAAAAUGCCGCCAAAGCACGUGAAGCACUUGUUCACGAGCCUAGUCCUGAGGAACACUACAAAUGUUAUGGAGAUGGUGGCAUCCACGGGAGAAUCAGCAUGAAGCCUCACGUACGCAAUCCUCUGGCGGAUCAAAGCGUUUACAUUAUCCGAGAGGACGACCCUGCGGGUCAGCUUGUUGUUCGUUGCCAUCUUGCCCUCCGAAACACUCUUCGAUUGCCGGAACUUGAAGCAUUCAAAGAAGAAUAUGGUCGAGUCAAGCUACAACUUUCCAAAUCGGCUAUUGAUGAUGUUGAUUACGGUCAAAAGAAAAACCCUGUCAUUCGGAAGAUACUCAAAAGCGGCGGGGUGGUCUGA